AUGGCUUCCACUGAUGUUCAGCGUGUCGUUCCUCAUUCGGCCUUCAAUUUUGAUCCAGCAGCUGCACCUCCAACAAGCAAAUGGGUGCCUCCACGCUGGAUGAUGCUGCACGAGAGUGCUCCUCAAACGCCCAAGCAUCCUGACCUCAAUGGCUUGGGCGAGCCAUGGGACCCUCGCCGACCCGUGUUUAGAGGUAUCAACUUGACAAAGCCUGAUCCUCGUAUCAAAGUUCCGAGCCUUGAAAUUGCGUCAGGCAGCGAUAACACAGUCAUCGCGUUUGUUGACGUCAAUAUUCUGGACUCGACUGGCAGAGAACCCUACCCUGGAGAUGUAUUAGUCAGGGGUAAACGUAUCGUUAGCGUUGGCGAUAAACUAUCGCCAGAGGUAUUAAAAACCGCCAAGGUUUAUCAAGGGAACGGCAGGACUCUUAUGAGUGGUCUCUGUGACGCUCACACGCAUUUCACUUGGACUAAUGCCGAUUCGCUGGAUGGCCUUGCAGAAAUGGAAACCGAAGAACACACAUUAUUCACCGCUCGCAGUGCUCGGACGUUCCUCGACUGUGGUUAUACUAUGUGUUUGGGUGCUGCGUCUGCUAAACAGCGCCUGGACAUGGUCAUCCGAAAUGCAAUCAAUGCUGGUGAAAUUCCUGGUCCACGCUCUCUUGCUAAUGGACAAGAAAUGGCCCCUGCCGAUGGCGCACUCAUCCCCGGGAUCACGAAGUUCGUUGACUGUCCAGAUGACAUUGUGGCAACCGUAGACAAAAUGGCAAAAGAAGGUGUCGACUCGGUCAAGUUCUCCAUGAGUGGCGAGGAAAUCUUAGAGAAUCUGAGAGCAGAAGACACCACAUUCCCUGACGAUAUGGUUGCAGCUGGUGUGGAGGCUGCUCAUGCUAAUGGCAUCCGUGUUUGCUCUCACGCGCGUUCUGAUGAGUCGAUCAUUCAGUGCUUGCAAUAUGGCAUUGAUAUUAUCUACCACGCAUCGUUUGUCUCUGAUUCUACAAUGUAUGCUCUAGAGGCGCAGAAGGAUCGCAUCUUCGUUGCACCUGCGCUCAACUUUCCCUAUGCUACCAUUCAUGAAGCUGAGGCUAUGGGGUACCCUGUACCGAAGGCAGAGUACAACGGAUAUGCUAGAGAGAUCGAGGUUGCAAUUGCAGGACUAAAGGAGAUGAAAAAGAGGGGUAUUAAGGUUUUACCUGGGGGAGACUAUGGAUUUGCCCGGACACCACAUGGCACAUAUCGUGACAUGGAACACUUCGUCAACCUCCUUGACUUCACGCCAAUGGAGGCCAUUCUUUCUGCGACGGCUCUUGGUGGAGAAAUAAUGCUUCAUCCCCACGAGCUAGGAAAAGUCCAGCCUGGAUAUUAUGCAGAUCUUUUGCUCGUUAAUGGAAAUCCACUUGAUGACAUUUCCAUACUAUCGCACAAGGAGAAUCUAGAUAUCAUUCUUAUCAAUGGUUGCAUUCACAAGGAUGUAACGAACGACCCUUCUCUUCAAUACGAAGCUGAGAAAAGUCUUGUUAAUGGGGAUCGUAGUUGA